AUGCUCACGGAGUUUUUUCGGACAUGCUCGAGGGAUACUGAAGCACGUCAAUACCUAUACAAAGAAUUUCCAGAGUAUUAUGUGUGGAACUCACAGGGAAAGAUAUGGACAAAAAGAAAAACAAGAUCAGUUAUUGGUCGAAUUGCUACUGGUAUACCAAAGCGAGAUUCCUGCACAAAUGUUUUAGCUUUAGAAGAUAAGAAAUUCAUAGAAGGCGAAAGGUAUUAUUUGAGAUUAUUGUUGAAUCACGUCAGAGGACCCUUAUCGUUUAAAGACUUGCUAACUGUUAAUGGAAGAGAGUGUGAAACAUUCAAAGAAGCUGCAAAGGAAAGAGGUUUAUUAGAAUCAGACAACAGUAUAUCAGAAUGCUUACGUGAAGCGGUCCUCUUCAAAAUGCCAUCAGCGCUGAGAAAUUUAUUUGCAACAAUUUUGGUUCAUUGUAAUCCAACGGACAUUAGGAAGCUCUGGGAAACCUAUUACGAAGAUAUGUCAGAAGAUUUUAGAAAAAUACAUGACAAUUCUCCUGCUGCUCAACUCCAAUGCACGUUGAAGAGCAUCAAUUAUUUCUUAGAGAGCAUGGGCAAGAAAAUUGGCAAGUAUGACCUACCUAAACUUGAUCAUGGGAGGGAUAAUGGUAAUGUAUCGGAAUGCAGAGAAAUAAUUGAAGAAAGGUCUAUAAAUGUAUCGCCCGAAGAUUUUGAUGCACAAUCAAAACUAAAUUCUGAACAAGAACAAGCUUUCAAGACUAUAUUAGAGAGAGUCGACUCUGGCAGAGCGGGGUUAUUCUUUGUGGAUGGACCUGGAGGAACUGGAAAAACAUUCCUAUAUCGUGCAUUGCUUGCAAAUCUCAGAUCAAGAGGCAUGAUAGCUUUAGCAACGGCAACAAGUGGUGUAGCAGCUGCAAUUUUACCCGGAGGUCGUACAACUCACUCUAGAUUCGACAUCCCUCUUCAGACAACUGAUACAACGAUCACAAAUAUGUCAAAACAGAGUGGUGGUGCUAAAUUGAUAAGAAAAUCAAAGCUAAUAAUUUGGGAUGAAGCACCUAUGGCCAAUCGUCAGACGAUUGAAACUGUUGAUAGGAGCAUCAGAGAUAUAAUGGAUAUUAAUGAACCCUUUGGUGGAAAAGUGAUGGUCUUCGGAGGUGAUUUUCGUCAAGUACUACCAGUAGUUCCAAAAUCUACCAGAGCUGAAACAAUAAAUGCAAGCUUGGUAAAAUCAUAUUUGUGGAAUAAAAUGGAAAAGAUUCAAUUAACAAGAAAUAUGAGGGCAAGAGCAGAUCCAACAUUCAGCGAUUUCUUACUACGGAUCGGUAAUGGAGAGGAACCUACAAUAAGAGAUGAUAUGGUCCUUCUUCCAGAAAAAUUGAUCGUCAAACAUGAUGCAGAUAGUACUGGUGAAGAUAAUUUAAUAAGAGAAAUAUUUCCAUCUCUAGAUGAAAUGCCAAGUUGUGCAAAAUACAUGACAGAAAGGGCUAUCUUGGCUAGCAGAAAUGAGUAUGUUGAUCAACUAAAUGAGAUGCUAAUUGCUAAGUUUCCUGGUGAAAGCAGAACUUUUUUGAGUUUUGACUCCGCAGAGGAUGAUACCAACAACUACUACCAGGAAGAGUACUUAAAUACUUUAACACCAAGUGGUCUUCCACCACACAGGUUGGUUUUAAAGAAAAAUGCUCCGAUCAUGUUAUUAAGAAAUUUGGACCCGGCAAAUGGCUUAUGUAAUGGUACAAGAAUGAUAUGUAGAGGCUUUGACAACAACGUCAUCCAUGCAGAAAUAAUGAUGGGCGAAAAUGCUUCCAAACAUGUGUUUAUUCCCAGAAUUCAACUUUCGCCUCCAGAAAAUGAAGGUUGCCCUUUCAAAUUCAUCAGAAAAUUUUCAGUACGGCUAUGCUUUUCGAUGACAAUAAAUAAAGCACAAGGACAAACAAUACCUAAUGUGGGAUUGUACUUACCGCAACACGUAUUCUCACAUGGACAACUAUAUGUUGCACUCUCAAGGGGAAUAUCUAUGUCAACAACAAAGGUUUUGGUCUUGACCGAGCAGCCGAAGCGAAAAAAAGGAACAUAUACCAAGAACAUCGUCUAUAAAGAGAUAUUAGGUAAGAUUCACCACCAUAACAUAGCAUAUAUCAUAGAAACAUAA